CCUUGCUCCAUUGAACCUGGCGCUAACUGCCUGUCGAGCAACAAACGUGCCCAUACUUACCUAACCUAGUACCUCCACUACCGAUACAGUUCUCUUGUCAACUGCUUGUUCUGCUUGUAUUGACCUGAAAGCCUCCUUCAGCAUUCGCUUGACCGAUAUCUAGGGAUCUGGGGCUGUCAUCAGAUUCUGGUUCCCUGUCACUGCAAACAGAAACUCUUUUGUGAGACGAUGAACGCGAUAGUGAUUUCCCGUGCGACUUGAUAUUCGGUCCCUCUGCGAUAUAAUCGAUAGACACUGCUUUACAGAGUCGCCUAGAAACGCCUGACCCUCUCUCUUUCUCUUACUCACCAACACAAAGGCCAUUCUGCUGGCUUCAAGACAGCGCAAGGCUCUCUCGCAACAGCUUUAAGUUUCUGGCUCUCUGGUGUGUCGCUGGCGCUACACUCGCCUUUCUAACUCGCCCAGAUGCUUGUCAGCAAUCAACUCGACACUUCAAUAUCAAGCGCAGCCGCCAGCCAUGCCCUUUAACCAACAGGCCAUGACAUACAGAUUUCCAUCAGUGUCUUUUGUCCUGCGUUUUCAGUCAGUUUUGUUUCCUCGCCAAUAUACCCCGUUGUCAUGUUACCUCUCCUUCAAAUGUCCCCUCACGCGGUGACGCCGCCGCAGUCGAAUCUCGAUACCCUCUCAACGUUCCCAAAUAACGACGCCGCCACUUUCAACGACCAUCACCCUCGCAAUGUCCCAGCGCCGUAUCAGCAGUCAUUCGCGAUUCGCACCUCUCGACCUCACCGGCACACUAUCCCGUACGGCUCAGCUCUUUAUCCGCCACGCCAAGAGCAUCAUUUACGACGAAAGACACCAAACGGUACUGUCGAUGCCGGAUAUGACGGCUCGCCGUCGUUGUUCUCGCAUGGUCCCCCGCCUUCAAAACAUUUAGUUCUACCUCGAUCAGCGACUGCUACGGCAUUUCCCCUGACGGGCCCUCCAAUACGCCAAUCUCAUUACAACGGGGGCAUCGACUACCGCCGUCCAUCCUCAGUCGGCAAUACAGGUCUCAGCGAUGACCUGCAAGCCCGUCCUGGAUCUUCCACUUGGGCUUAUGGGAGCGAUACGGCAUUACAUCAUGGUGCACUUCCCACUAAUCAUUAUGGCCUUCAUCAAGCCGAAGGCCAAUACAUUCCUCAAGGCCAGCCUGAAGCGCCGGGGGUAUUCCCUAAUCUUUACCAACCAAUAAUACGAGCUCACGAGUACAAUGUCAGGGCAUUUUGCCCACCCCCUAUAGUCAUGAACGAAUCGCUGCCUUUUGGUCAGCCAGGCAUGCAUACUCCAUGGAACUAUCAUGGCCGACCAGGCCUUGUCUCAGCAAGGCACGUUCAGCCGCAGGACUUGCGCUCUUUCCAGCAGCAUUGUGGUUCUGAUCUCGCACGUUGUUCUUCCUUUGCUUCAGGUUUUGACUCGGAAACUCAGCAUCAUCCUGGAUUCGAUUCGGGCAUGUACACACAGUCAUAUCUUCGGCCACCUCAUAUGAGCAGUCAACAAGGUUUCAGAGAGAAAGUAUUGUUACAGGCGCACAGGGUCUACGUUGAUCUGCUGGCGUACGCACAAACUAUCCGGAAACCGCAGACUUCCAAAGGAGCAGCAGGCCACAACACGUCCCCCAGGCUUCUUGUUUACCCUAAACCUCCGAAACCGUCCUUGAGAAUAUCUGAAGCCGCACUUGGACAAGAUACUACAUUAUUCAAGAGCUCCUCUGAGAAUGAUUCGUACCAAGACUUCCAGUCCAGGGGACAUGUCGUACCCUACUUUCAGGGGCCGUAUAACAGUUAUUCCUCCACAGGUAAUUCAACACUUUUCGCGGCAGCAAAGUCUAUUUUAGAUAUGCUCAGCAGUCUUUGCGAACAGAGUACCUGGAGCUGGAUCGAUGGGAUAAUGCUAGGGGGAUGUUUGCACUAUGGUCUAGAUCAAUAUCAAGAGGCAUUGGAAUGGUUCUCGAGAAUUACCGCCCUUGACUCGAGUCAUGUCGAGGCAAUUACGAAUAAAGCCGCCACUCUUUACUGUCUCGGCCGCCAAGACGAGGCCGAGAAACACUGGAUCAGAGCUGUGGAAGUGCAGCCUAGUUACUUAGAAGCUGUUGAACAUCUUGUUGGACUUCUUUACAAAAAGCGCAGCAAAGAGGCCGUCGAGAUCAUCGACCACGUUCAACGCGCUCUAAGGGUAUCGCCGGCACAGAAUCAGCAAGCCGGACCUCACGACCAACUAGUGAAACCUCCUGGUUUCGCAUCCAGUGGCUAUGCUAUUCAUGGGAAAGAGAAUGGGCGUAUUCUAGCUCUCAUACAUGCAAAGGGAACCAUGCUAUACAGUAUUAAAGAUGUAAACAGAGCAUCAGAGGCUUUUGAAGAGGCCGUGUUGAUCAGCGUAGGUCGCCAAAUGACUAGUAUACAGGAUCUCGUUCGUCGAAUCCAGGCUGCCUUAUCGCCAACAGAAACUCCAGUCUCGCAUAGGAACGCUAGGCACGGUACUCGGCCCUUAUUACUCCCUCCUGAACGGGCUCGUCAUACUGCACAGCUCGUCUUCGGUGGCACCGGUUCUCUACCGGGACUGCAGCAUGUGGCUGAAGGCUCAACCAAGCGAGCUGCUGUGCAGACUACGAGCAAUUCGCUGUUAUCGUUGGCUAAGAUAUUUCAAGAUUCCUUGUCAAGCGGGCAAGGACUCCCGAACAUUCUGCGACGCCCUUCUGGGGUCGAAGAUAUCCUGGCCCUUUACUAUCUAUCGCUUUCCCUUCAGGAAAGCCCUUCCACGGCUAACAAUGUCGGCAUUCUCCUCGCCGGUGUUCAACAGAUAGCAUCAAAUCCCCCAACCCCGAAUGUUGAUGUGCCUGCUCAUUCGAGCAUUCCCGGCAUUGUGCCAGGCAGCGGUCUGGCUUUGGCUUUGGCGUACUAUCACUAUGGCCUACGCCUGGAUCCCAAGCAUGUCCAUUUACACACCAACUUGGGAAGUCUGCUCAAGGACAUUGGACAGUUGGAUCUUGCGAUACAAAUGUAUGAACAGGCCGUGGCGUGCGAUGGGACUUUUGAUAUCGCCUUGACAAACCUCGCCAAUGCUGUCAAGGACAGGGGACGCAUCAACGAUGCAAUAACAUAUUACAAACGCGCUGUGAGCUCCAACCCCGAAUUUGCCGAAGCCGUAUGUGGUCUUUCGACAGCUCUCAACUCUGUUUGUGACUGGAGAGGUCGCGGUGGGGUCAUCCUGAAGGCCGGGAAAUAUGAUCGAUGGCACGUUGAUGACAAAGGUCUGCUGAUUGAUGCCCGUUCUUUCGGGCAUGACAGCGGCCUCGUCAAGCGUGUCGUACGAAUUAUCAAUCGCCAGUUGAGUGACGCAUCACAUUGGGGUCAGGGGGUUCUCGAUGAGAAGAAAAUCGCCUCAUUUGCGCGGCAGAUUAAGGACCUGGGCCUGGUCACAUCGUUCGACCCUGAGCAAGCUCUUAGGGGAUGGAGCAACAAACCAUGGGAGGGCUCCCGCGUGAUACGUUUGAUAGAGCGUGUAGCUCGUGCAACGCAAUGGAAAUGGUAUCAGGAUCAGCACGUCUCUGGCAGUCAAGCACAUACCCAGUACACUCGGCUUCGAUUACCCAGCGGACUCAGCGUUCCUUCAGCACCAACCGUCCUACCCUUUCACACUUUCACAUGCCCCCUAUCAGCAAAGGACAUUCGAGUAAUUUCACAGCGCAAUGGCAUUCGAAUAUCUUGUUCAACACUACGGCUGCCAUGGCUCCCUUCCACAGUCUAUCCCCCGCCGCCUCCCCCUAACCCACACCUUAACAUAGGAUACGUAUCGUCGGACUUUAACAAUCACCCCCUGGCUCACCUGAUGCAAUCAGUAUUUGGAUUCCACAAUCCCAGUCGGGCACGCGCCAUUUGCUAUGCUAUAACUGCAAGCGACCGAUCUGUCCACCGACAGCAGAUCGAAAGAGAGGCUCCUGUUUUUCGUGACGUCAGCAGCUGGCCCGCAGACAAACUGGUAGAACAAAUCAUCAAGGACGAGAUUCAUAUACUUGUCAACCUCAACGGCUAUACAAGAGGGGCACGCAACGAAAUUUUUGCUGCACGACCUGCACCGGUCCAGAUGUCUUUCAUGGGCUUUGCCGGGACUCUGGGUGCUGAGUGGUGCGAUUACAUUCUGGCCGAUAGCACAGCCAUUCCACCAGAGACCCUACGGCCCUGGCGUGGAAACUUCAAGAUCACCGAUGUUUUCAAGGACGAUACGGAGGGCGAGGAGGAGGACUGGAUGUACUCGGAAAAUAUCAUCUAUUGCCGAGAUACUUUCUUCUGUUGCGAUCAUGCUCAGUCAUGCGAUGCGAGUGAACGAUCGGUUACUUGGGAACAAGAGCGGAGGCGUCGCUGGAAGAUGCGAAAGGAGCUUUUCCCUGCUUUGAGUGAUGACACUAUCAUCAUGGGCAAUUUCAAUCAGUUAUACAAGAUCGAGCCUACAACCUUUAGAACAUGGCUAAGAAUCCUGGCACAGGUGCCAAAGGCAGUGAUAUGGCUACUUCGAUUUCCGGAGCUCGGGGAAGCCAAUCUGCGGCGAACUGCUAAGGCCUGGGCUGGUGAAGAAGUGGCCAGUCGUCUGAUCUUCACAGAUGUUGCGCCAAAGAGUCAGCAUAUCUCGAGGGCUCGUGUGUGUGACCUGUUUCUCGACACCCCUGAGUGCAACGCCCAUACAACAGCGGCAGAUGUUCUCUGGUCAAGCACACCCCUACUCACGCUUCCUCGAUACCCAUACAAGAUGUGCUCUCGCAUGGCCGCAUCAAUCUUGAAGGGCGCUCUACCUAAAUCAAACGAAGGCCAAGAGGCUGCAGCAGAACUGAUUGCCGCGAGUGAAGAAGAGUACGAGCAACGCGCGGUUGAACUCGCCACCGGCCUCAGCUACACCAUGUCAGCGGACGGCUAUGGUCAGGGUGAUGGCCGCUUGGCAGAUAUACGCAAGUUGUUGUGGGAAAGCAAAUGGCACUGCGGGCUCUUCGAUACGAAGCGUUGGGUGAAUGACGUUGAAACAGCCUAUGAGCAAGCGUGGCAACGAUGGGUUGCUGGCGAAGGCGGCGACAUUUAUUUAUGAAUGGACGAGGAGCGAGGCAACUCACAGUGUUGGCGGAUAUUGGACGGAAAGGUAUAUAUACAUACUCGAGGAUCUGACAAAGGUCAAGGGUAUUGAAUGUGUAAAUGAGGCGUAUGGGUAAGCCGGAACAUGCUAUUGAGGUAUAUCUCAGGAUGGCGUUGGGGGGAUGUUUUCCUUGCUAUUUUGACGUCGCAGAUGGGUAGUUCUCUCUCAUUCGCAGCAAACGGGGUUUGAGUUCCGGACAUAUCCUCUGGGAGUACCAGUUCAUCGAGUCGAUGCAUUAUCAUCUCCUGACAGACAGACAGGUCGACAAUUACACUGAUCCACUAUAUAUUUGUAGAAUCGCAAGAAACAUGGGGGAGAAAGGCACUUUAUAUUGUGUCUUCGUUACUCACCGCGCUCCAAGAAAAAGAACCCUUACAAUGACAUUACUGUGUUCUGUCAAGAAGAAGCAGCUAAAUGGAAGCAUCCAUCCAGGGUAGACAAAUACUCUGCGUGGUGUAGGGUGGGUGGGUUGACAUGCAUGAUAAUGAGGGAUGGAUGGAUGGCGCUUGAAAAGUUGAAAAGACUCCGGAUGCGGCUGGUUCUGGAGCAGAUCAUCCGCAAGAGGAAAAUGAUGUGACCAUAUCCCCAGCUGAGGUCAGGGUAAGCAGCAGGGAGCUGGACAACAAGACAGGGGAAAGGAAUGGUUUCAUUGGGUGAUGCAGACGUCAACUGAGAAGCCAGCUGAGCCGAGCUGAAAAGCCGUUGUCUGUUUCGCUUGGCGCGAUCCAAGAAGGGUUUGGACGCUGAAGGGAGGCCUGACGCCACAACGUUUUUCGUUUUUAGUGGCCGGUGUUGAAUGGAGCUUGGAUUAGGGGCUCCAUCAACGUCCGGGCGGGGAUAGACUGACUAUUGCCAAUAUCGUCAUCUGCCCAUCGGAGCCUCCCUCAUUCGGUCAAGAGGUAGGUCAUUCAUGGAAUAUUUAAAGUAGCAUUCACCAAAGGGCAGCUCCUGUUGCUUUGCCAGUCAGGCCAUGGUGAAGGUUUGUUCUACAUACAGCACAGCACAUAAUACGGAACAGAUACUGUAGAUAGAUGCCAAAGGAGGCUGCAGAGUGCACCAGCGCAUUGUGGAUUCAAUAGUGACAGCCGUGAUGUAACCAUACCUUGAUUGACAUGAAGAUCCUUUCACGCAGAGCCCAAGCUGGCGGACCCCAAUGGGCCUAUCUGCCUCUGCUCGCAAGAAUAGUAUGUACUAGACGCAGUCCAGGAGCUCUCAGUCAGUCAAGACAUAUUAUGCCUCGAGGAUCUCUCCCAUGCGUAUAGUAUGACCAUGGCCAUGGCAUGUGUUGUCUGUGAGUGAUCCAACGCGUGGUCUGAUCUGAUCUCGGCAGACGCCUUGGCCCUGGACAAUCUUUUCAUUUAGAUUUUAGACGAACCCGCUUGCCCGCCCGUUUUUGUUUCGUUUCGUUUCGUUUCCAAUGGGAGAAUGGUUGGUGCAAACCGCAGCGUUGCUAUGACCCCAUCGUCCUUUACCCAACCCCUGCUCGUUCAGACACCUGGGCGCGUUAGCAUUCUCCGCACCUGAUCAAACGUGGACGAACGGGCUGUAACGCACAUUAGUUAGGGAGAAGUUAAUUAGAACAAAGAACUAACUAGAGGACUAGUAGAGGAACAAGAUGAUGACCGUGACGGGCCAGGGUCUAGAUAUUAUUCGGCUGUCCAGGAAAGUGCCCAUCCAUCGAUCACUCUGCAUUUGGAUGCAGCAAUCUUAUUUUUCCAUCCAUUGCAACGGUAGUCGGACAGUCGAGUCAGGGCUUGGAAGGUCACCGCCGCUUUCUUAUGUGGUCUGGUCUGGUCUGGUCUCGUCUUGACUGGGUUGGGUUGGGAUUAACGAAAUCAGGGAUGGAAAUCUCGCACUCGUCCGUCCGUCCUUGAUUGAGUCUGAGUAAUGCUUGUGUAAUGUCCUGUUCAAGAGUAAGAGAGAAAGUUGAUGGACUGCCGUGUAUUACGGGCAAGCCUGCGCAUUUUCGAAAGUAUAUACACUCAUCAGUCGAGAGGGUUUAUGUAGUAGGGUUUGUUACCGAGUGAAGCAAGAUACUCAGAAUGGUUUAUCUUUUUGGGCCGAACAGGUUCGGAGGUGCACUGCCAAAAAUCAAAAGGUCCGCCCGAGGGACAAUCAAACAGAUUAC